UAGCGCCGCGUAUGUUUACGGCGUUAUUUUUAUUCCCAUUUCGCGCGACAAUUAUUUUUUUUUUCCUACUCCUCUUCCAUCACUCUAUCGAAUCUUUCAAGGGUUAGGCCGUUUACCUUGGAGGGUCGGGGAACUCUCUGAAACUUCCCUUAACAACAGAAAACAAACCACGCAUAAACACAGAAGUUGGCACAAGCCAGACGACAUAAACAGAUCAAUACCGGGCGACAAAUAUAUUGUGACAAUAUAUCACUUCUCAAACUCGUGCGAACAUGGUGCAGUUCGAUGAAGCGAGGAAGUUAAUGGACGAGAUGAUGAAGGUGACAAUUUUCCAGCCAGCCGAUAAACGGCGGAUGUCGGAGGAUGUGAGAAAAGCACUUCUCGAUCCGAAUUUGAUCAUGGACGCGAGGCACAAGAUAUAUCGCGAAAAUCCGCGCGUUUCUUCAGUAAGAGCUUCGGUGUUAACGGAAGCACAGAGAAUACUAACGCAGGAGGAAACGAGAGAGUUGCAAAUGAAGAAGGAACAAUCCUUCAUAGACAGGGAACUACGCAGGUUUGAGCAGGAUCUGCGAAAAUCUCGGCCAAAAUUUUUUCGCAAAUCCUGCAGCAAGAAGAGCAUAGCCAGCUCGGACGACGAAAAUUUCUGGGGAACAACCAGCAGACUCAAGCGGAUUACUCUAAAUAUGAAGAAAUGCGAGACAGCCGAACAAAAAGUCUCGAUUAUCCGAAAGAAAACUAAGCGAGUUAAUAUUUCCUCAAAUGUUGAAUCAGCGGAUAUCGCGCAACGUCCGAUACACGAGGUCGAGAGAGCGCUCUUCGGUAGCAUCAAAGUGACGAUCAAGGACAAACGAUCGAGCUGCGAAUCGCGUGAAUCUCGUGAAUCGCGCGUUUUGCGGUUGUGCUUCGAGGUUCUUCGGGAAAACGCGCGGGACAGGCGACGUCUUCGCGAGAUCAGGGCCAGCAUACAGAGCGUCGCGUCUCGACGAAAACUGAAAUCGUGCGUUCGCGCGUGGAAAACGCACGUGGAAAAAGCGAAGGCUGAGCGGGAACGCGUCGCGGAGAAUUCCGAAAUGCAAAAAAUCAAGACGCUCAUCGACGUUAUCGCGGAAACGCAGAAGGAACUGAAGACGCGAAAAACGGAGACGAUGAGAGGAACCUCCGCGAGGAAUAUAGAAGAGAAGAAGAAGAUUUCGUCGAGGCCGUGCGCCAUCGUCGAAUCGCCGGCGCAGAAUCGACUGAACGCGCAGAAAGAGAUCAUUCGCAAGCAAAAGCUGAAACUGGCCGAGCAAGACAAGAUCAUCGAGGAACUGACGUUGAAACAGGUGCGGGAGGAGAUAAUGAAAGCCAGCGAGGAGACGAUGAACGCGGCCAAGGAGACUCUGACUCACUGCGGUCAACAGACCAGAAGAACUCUGAUCCAACUGAUGAGACAAGCGGGCUACAGAGACAAGUCUCUGACGGCGCCUGUACGGGUGCCAAGCCCGCCUAGAUUUCUAGCGAGGAUGGAGGCGCGGGCGGAAGCGAGGAGAAACAGAGUUAAGCUGCGCGAAGAAGCGCGGCGGAAGAAGCUGGAGGACGAACGGAGGAAGGAAGAGGCCGCCAGGCAGGAGGCGGAGCUAGAGAGGAGAAGAUCGCAACAAGAGGCUUUGCGCGAAGCGAAAAGACUGCGCGAGGAACGUGAGCAGCAACGAGCGCGCGAAAUCGAAAGGUUCAAGAACCUAAAUGCCAUGGCGGAAGAGUUUUAUCGCAAGUACUUGUUGCGACGUUACAUCAUGGAUCCGUUUGUCGCGCUCGUCGAAACGAAGAACAAUCAUAUGAGCAAAGCCGAGACCCAUCACAAGCAAUCCUUGAUGCGAAAAACGUUCGCGGAUUGGCGAACGGAGACGGAACGUCAAAUUCAGAUCGGGAUCGAGUUGGCCGUGUCGCUUCACAACAGGAACCUGCUGUGGCGCGCGUUGCAAACGUGGAGAGAGAUGACGCGAGACGAGAAGAGGAAGGCGCAAGUGGCUAGAGACUUUUCCGACAUGAGAUUGCAGAGCAAAUGCUUUAAACUGUGGAGAGUGAAGACCGUGGACUACAAAACGGAACGAUUGCGGAGAGAACGUCUGGUCUCGGAACACUACGAAGAGAAAUUGAAAACGAGAUACUUCGGUAUGUGGAGGAGAUAUCCGAAAUUGAUGCCGGACAUCAGGGAGAGCGAGCGAAUAAGGGACGCGUGGCGACAAGCGGUGCGAGAAGUGAUUCCGGAUUUUGAUCCCAGGCAAAGAGGUGUCAUAUUAGAAGACUAAUUGCGUACAGUAACGAAUUUGGAGAAGUAACAUUAGGUUUUUUUCUCACUACCGUUCGACAAUCUUUGGCCUUGUGUGUCCGGACGAGGUAAAUAGUCUCUUAUCUCUAAGAUACACGUAAGAUCGAACAGUAUAUUCCUCUACGCGUUCAACAACGAAAUGCCAUGGCAUUCGAUAAACCUGUACAUUUGUUGUUUGUAGAUUGUUCUUCUUUCACUUGGACUUGUACAUCCCUUAGUAUACAGACUGGUAAUAAUUUAUUAUAUUAUUCGUACAAUGGCCACUUUAUCACAGUUACAAUAAAUAUACAAAUGGUACGCACACUGUUUAACAUUAAGAGAAAUAACGAAUGUAAUGGGAAUCUGGUGCUUUAUCUGGUGAUAUGUCGCUGAGAGAAAGAUGAUCGAGUAUACGCAAAAACGUCAUACGGAAAAACGUACGCGCCGCACCUGCGACGAUGAGUCGACGAAUCCGUGUCGCGUGUAAAGAUAGAACGCAGAAGUUGAAAGGAUGAGGAAAGAGUUGCGCGACGAAACUUAAUACCUAACAUGUAUUCCCCACCUUGCGCUUUGUUUCUCGAACGGACGCGAACGACUAUCGACGCACAAUUCACGACAGAUUUUGGCCUUAAUGUUGUCUUAGUUUGUUCUAAAAUUUGAUUUCAGUAACAUUGUUUUUUCUUUUUUUUUUUUUUGUUUUGUUUUUGUUUUUUGUACGGGCGUGUAGUACAUGUACACUGUGCGAAGUAAAC